ACAUUUGUACAUACACACACACACACACACACACAGACACCCAGACUGACUCACAGAGAAAUGGCUCGGCUGGAAGUUACAGAGACUUUUCAGGGCAUCACUUUUCCUGGACACCUGCAUACUCAGGAAUCCCUUCGCUAUGGUACCAACUUCAAAUUUCAAGACUCAGACAUUCUGAUUGUUACCUACCCCAAAUCAGGGACGACAUGGAUGCAAGAAGUUGUCACACUGGUAUCAUGCAGAGGAAAUCCGGUAAAAGCUCAAACACAACCUAACUGGGCACGAGCUCCAUGGCUUGAGCAGUACUACUGCCCUGAUGUUCUGAAGGCAACACAAGGACCUCGGGUCCUCACCACUCAUCUGCCAUACAAACUACUGGCUCCUGCACUCCAAGGCUCCAAGGCAAAGGUCAUAUAUGUGGCAAGAAACCCAAAAGAUGUGGUAGUAUCUUAUUACUACUUCCAUAAAAUGGCCAAGUUCCUAAACGACCCAGGCACAUUCUCAGAGUUUCUGAGCGCUUUUCUGGAAGGAACAGUGUACUAUGGGUCUUGGUUUGAUCAUGUGAAAGGAUGGACCAGCAAUGCACUAAACAUUGACAACUUUCUGUAUAUCACGUAUGAAGAGAUGUGGGAGGACCUGUGUGGUUCCAUGGAGAAAGUAAGCCGAUUCCUGCAGUGCCCCCUGCUGGAGGACGAGUUGAACAGCGCCCAGAAGAGCUGCACCUUCGACUCCAUGAGAGAGAACUGCAUGGUGAACUACACCCUGAUUCCUCAGGAAAUCAUGGACCACAGCAAGGGCAAGUUCAUGAGGAAAGGUCAAAUCGGAGACUGGAUCAACACUUUCUCCCAGGAGCAAAGUCGCAACUUUGAUGUAGUGUAUGCUUCCAAGAUGGAGGACUCCAUGCUGAAGUUUGUGUGGGAAACAAACAAAGUGUAGACACAGAAAUCUUGCCUUUCUUCACCACAUGAAAUAGCACCUUCUUCUUAUGGAUCUUAUUAUUAUUAAUGUCUUGUCGUGUUUUCGAGUCAGUCGUUCCAUGCCUUAUUGCCUUCACUAAAGCUAUUUGAUUUUGUACAGUUAUUAAGAGUGUUGUGAAGAAGCACAGCAACCACUUUGCACUUUGGUUAUUGGAUAACUUGCACCCAAUGACUAAGGAAAAUAUUAAAUGUUUUAUGCUGCUUAA